AUGGCUCCCCUUACGCGCACUCUUUUAAUAUGCAUUACUGUUGUGCUUCUCUAUAAAGUAUUAAUACGAUACCCCAUCUACACGGCCGACAGUCCAAUCGAAAGCACCAUUCCACCAGUCAAUGUUUUCCCCCUACCCCCUAGUGAGGCAUGGGAGACCCUGCGAGGGCAGCGUUUCCCCGCGAAGCUAUGGCAGAAGAGCAGCUCCGAGAUCAGCGAACGGAACCAAGAAAGAAUACGAAGCUGGCGUCUGCACACGCCUUACCUGCGCCACGAGCUGCUGACGGACGCCAGCGCAGAUGAAUACGUCCGGGAACGAUACGGUGCGUAUCCCGAGCUAGUAGAGAUCUAUCUCUCGCUGCAGGUGCCGAUUCUCAAGGCAGACGUGUUGCGCCAGUUGAUCUUAUAUGCGGACGGAGGGAUCUGGAGUGAUCUGGACGUGACGUGCCAUGCGGCGAUUGAGCGCUGGAUCCCCGAGCCGUACCGGAACGCAACGAACGUGCUGGUGGGGAUUGAAUUCGACGGCGAGCAGUUCGCCAGCUGGACCGUCAUGGCGAAGCCGCGCAGUAGCCAUUUCGCGGCGGUGAUCCGGUACAUCGUCGCGGGAUUGCAGGAGUCGGCGGCGCAGUACCAGACCUCCAUCUCGGGCUUGACCAUGCAGACGAUCAGCGACGUGGUCAAUGUGACGGGUCCGCAGGCGAUGACGGUGGCUAUUCUCGAGAACCUCCGGCUGGAGAUGGGCGAGCCGGUAGGGUUUGCAGAUCUCGUCAACGUCACUCGCCCUAUGCUGCUGCAGGAUGUUCUUGUCCUGCCUGAUGCUGCGUUUGCGGCGUCCCAAGCCGAGUGGCCGAAAGAUCGGGGGGAGUAUCUGGUCGAACAUCACUACGAGGGGUCGUGGAAGAACGAGGGGGGGGGGUAUCUAUAG